GCUGAACUAAUGCCUGCCACAGUCAGAAGACACAGAGCUGAGUAUCCUUCCCAACAAAGCUGACAUUAGAAACAAUGAAUGCCACAGUGGUGAAGGCCCUCAAUGGGUCUGAGCGGUGCCCCAGGGACACGCGGAUAGCACAGCUGGUGUUCCCAGCCCUCUACACAGGCGUUUUCCUCACCAGCAUCCUGCUGAACACUGUGGCCCUGUGGGCAUUCCUUCACAUCCCCAGCUCUUCUACUUUCAUUGUCUACCUCAAAAACACUUUGGUGGCCGACUUGAUAAUGACUCUCAUGCUUUCAUUUAAAAUCCUCUCUGACUCGCACCUUGGAUCCUGGCAACUCAGAGCUUUCGUGUGUCGCUUCUCAGCGGUUGUCUUCUAUGAGACCAUGUAUGUGGGCAUCACACUGCUAGGCCUCAUUGCCUUUGACAGAUUCCUCAAGAUCAUCAGACCUUUUGGAAAGUUUUUAGUACAAAAGCCUGGUUUUGCAAAAACAGUCUCAGCUCUCAUUUGGCUCCUUUUGUUCCUAAUCUCCUUGCCAAAUAUGAUUUUAAGUAACAAGCAAGCAACACCAUUAUCAGUGAAGAAGUGUGCCUCCCUGAAGAGUCCCAUGGGGCUGAAAUGGCAUCAAGUGGUGAAUUAUAUAUGCCAGUUCAUUUUCUGGACUGUUUUUGUUCUCAUGUUUCUGUUCUAUGUGGUGAUUGCAAAAAAAGUAUAUAAUUCUUACAGAAAAUCCAAAAGUAAGGACAGCAGAAGCAACAAACGGCUAAAAGGUAAAGUGUUUGUUGUAGUGGCUGUGUUCUUUGUAUGUUUUGGCCCGUUUCAUUUUGCCAGAGUUCCAUAUACACACAGUCAAACCAACAAUAAGACUGACUGUAGACUGCAAAAUCAACUGUUCAUUGCAAAGGAAACAACUCUCUUUCUGGCAGCAACUAACAUUUGUAUGGAUCCCUUAAUAUACAUAUUCUUAUGUAAAAAAUUCAUCAAAAGACUACCAUGUAUGAGAGGGAGAAAGACCACAGCACAAAGCCAAGAAAAUCACAGUAGCCAGACAGACAAUAUAACCCUAAGCUGA